AUGUAGACUAAUUGUUUGGAGAAAAGCCUCUCUGAAGAUGAUCUAUGUUCUUCAAUCUUAGCUAAGUUUGAGAGGAUGAGAUUGGACGAUGCAUCAACUUCAGAAAGUGAAGAUGAAAGCAAGAAUAGAGAGUAGUUAUUGAAAGAACUUGUGUCUUAGGAGAUCCAAAUGUAUGAGGACUACUAGAUGGAAACCCAAGAGUAAAAGGAUUUAAAGCUAAACAACAUUAUGCAGAAACUAAUGAUGCGAUACUAUCUCAACUUAAUGUUGAAGACUGAGAAACUCAACCAAAGAUACAUGUAUAACAUAAUGAAGAGCAAUAACCAAAUGAGGAAUCAGUGA